GGCACCGCCGCAGACCGGCCCGGCAGGAAGCGCGGGGUGGCGGCCACCGCAGACAGCUCCGCGGCAGCGACUGGUUCGAAGAAAACCUGGGACAGACGCUAGUUUUCUGUUGCUGUUGGAUUUGUUGGAGGCUUGGUGGUGCUUGCAGCAAUAGCUCUAUGCCAGGAGACGGUGACUUCCAGGAGCUCCUCUCUACUUCCAUUAAGGAGAGAUGAAGAAAGGACCAGAAAGUGGAGCAUGUGCCCUUGCUGCUCCAGGUGAUUUAGUGGAGUCAGAUCCAGACAUUAACAGCAGCAAUGGAACCUCAGCAAGAGAGAAAGACACCCUUCCUUCUCCUGGAGAACAGGAAAAUGUACCGCUGAAGAACAGCACAGAAACAUCCAGAAAAAAACUUUGUGGCUAUUUAAAUAAGUUGGGCAUCAAGGGGCCAAUUAAGACGUGGAAGUCUCGCUGGUUCUUUUAUGAUGAAAACAAAUGUCGCUUACUAUACUACAGAACUGCCCAGGACAUUAAUCCCUUGGGGUCUAUUGAUCUCUCCAGCGCCAGCUUUGACUGCAAAAUGGAAAAUGGGGAAGGAAUUUUUGAGAUCAGAACACCAAGCAGAGCUUUUAUUCUGAAGGCAAUCAGCAAACAGGCAAUGAUGUACUGGCUGCAGCAGCUGCAAAUGAGACGUUGGGAAUUUUGCAACACUCAGAGCAGAUUUCCUGUGGGCAGCUCACAGCUUGUGAAUGAACCUCUGGCUGGAAGAACAAAUGUAGUUGACAAUGAAGACUUUCUGCCUCUUGUGAAAACACCAACAGAAGCAGUGGGUUUAAAGGCAGCAUCUUUGCCUGCACCCCAAACGUCUACUGCCUUGCAGAACAUCUCCCUUAAGCACCCAUGGACAGAGAUACAAAACACUGUCUACAAUAUCUGUGGCUCCAGGCAGCUCUGGGGGAACAACGGGAAUGUCUUUAGAUUUGAUGAAUUCCAAGAGCAUCCUGAGAAUGUGGAUGAGGAGCAAGAGGCAGAAAUGGAGACAGGAUGCCCAGUUAAGGAGGGGACCCUGGAAGAUGGGAGGAUGGGGCCCAGGCUGAACUGGAUCAGGAGAGCCAGGUGGAUGAACAGUGGCUUCCUAGGCUCUGAAGAAUUGUCAAGGGAGAAGAACUCAGUGGAUAAAGUGAGUGUCCUUCAGCAACAGAUUCUGACGCUCACAGAGGAAGUCAAGUCACAGAAGGAAUUGGUCAAACUUCUCCACAAAGCUCUGGAGGCAGCCCAGCAGGAGAAGCGAGUAUCUAGCAUGUAUCUCACUGCAGCAGAAGAUAAGGACAGGCUGGAGCUGGUGCGCCACAAAGUGAGACAAAUUGCAGAUCUGACAAGUCGACUGGAAGCUCUUGAACAAGAAAAGAAGGAACUGGAGCAGAUACUGACUUUGAGAGACAGCCAUAUCCAGGAGCUCAAGGAACAUGUGCAGCUUCUGAUGGAGAAGAACCAUGCCAAACAGGAAGUCAUCAUGACCUUGACAGAGCAGAUGGCUCGAGAGCUCUCUGACCCCCUGCAAGAAGCCAACACUAUCACUGUAGAGACAUUGUAUAAGCAGCAGGAGGAGAUUGAGCAUCUGAAGGAUGAUAUUGAUGCAUACAAAACCCAGAACCAGUUUCUCAAUUCAGAGAUCCACCAAGUUACUCGACUCUGGACAAGUGUUGCUGAGAAUGAAAAGGCCCUUCUGAUGAAGUGUGCCUGCCUGCAAGCAAGAAACUGCCAGAUGGAGAGCAAAUACCUGACAGUCUUAAGAAAGCUGCAGGAGGCUGUGCCUGGCCUGCCCAGCUCGCAUGCUGAAUUGGUGAAGAACCUCAUCCAGGAAGCUCUACAGUGGGAUGUGAAGGAAGAAGCAGAAGAAAGUUUUAACUUGAAUCCUGUAAGCGAGUAUGAUGAGUAUGGGUUUAUGACUGUACCUGACUAUGAAAUUGAGGACUGGAAACUCCUGGCCAAAAUCCAAGCCCUUGAGAUAAAGUCCAACAAACUGCGGAGCCAGGAAAUAGUGGAGAAGCCCCUCCGUGACAGAUGGAACAGCAUUGGAGAGCUGAACCCCUCUGCAGAGCUGAAGAAUCUGAUCCGAAGUGGCAUUCCAGUGGAGCAUCGGCAGCGGGUGUGGAGCUGGAUGGUCAGCCGGCACUGCAGCCGGGUGCCUGGCCACUACCAGCGGCUGCUGGAGCAGAGCAGGAGCACUGAGCACCCUGCCUGCCGGCAGAUUGAGCUUGACCUGCCCCGCACACUGACCAACAACAAGCAUUUUUCCUCUCCCACCUCACAGCUCAUCCCCAAGCUCCGGAGGAUGCUAUUGGCAUUCUCCUGGCACAAUCCUGCCAUUGGAUACUGCCAGGGAUUGAACAGAUUGGCAGCUGUUGCUCUUCUGGUCCUAGAAGAUGAGGAAAGUGCUUUCUGGUGUCUAGUCUAUAUUGUGGAGAACCUAAUGCCGGCAGACUACUACAGUGACACACUAAUAACGUCACAGGUAGAUCAGAGAGUCUUCAAAGACUUCCUGUCUGAGAAGCUGCCUCGCCUCAUGGCUCAUUUUGAGCAGUAUCAGAUUGAUGUCUCACUCAUCACCUUCAACUGGUUUCUGGUGGCCUUUGUGGACAGCCUGGUCAGCGACAUCCUCCUGCGAGUGUGGGAUGCCUUCUUAUAUGAGGGAACCAAGGUCAUUUUCCGCUAUGCUCUUGCAAUUUUUAAAUACAACGAGGAGGAAAUCCUAAGAAUUCAUGACAGUGUGGAGAUCUACCAGUACCUACGGUUUUUCACAAGGAUGAUCACGGAUGGCAGGAAGCUGAUGAACAUUGCCUUCAAUGACUUAAACCCCUUCCCCAUGAAACUGCUGAGGAACCGCCGGUCAACGCACAGGGAAGAGCUGGAGGCAGAGCUGUGCGAACUCGAACAGAUCAAGGCAGCCUAUGUGAAAGAGAGAGCAGAGCAGAGACCUCAGGACCCGAAGGAGGUUGCUAGUGAAGAGGAAGAAGAGAGCUAACAAAAAGAGAAUUUGUCACCACUUCCCUCCCAUCUUGCAGAAGGUCAUCAGUAGCAACUGUCAGUAAGAAAUGGACCAGAGAGCGAAGUGUGGUCACAGGAGUUCAUCUGCCCCAGUAAGCAAGGCUGUAGUUAUGGGACCUUUAGGAGAACAAGUCAGACUUUGUAAUAGAUGAGAAGGUGUCAGAGGCGUUUUAUACUCUUUUGUUCUUCUCCCCAUUUAGCCCAUCCUGUCCUGUGCAGUUCAGGAUUACAGCUGAGGGUGCAGAGGAAAUACCAGUUGUGGUGUCAUGACAGGAACUGACAAGGUGCAAAAGACCCAGCCAAGCAGGGCUUUUAUACAUUUUCUGAUAGUGGCUUGAAUUAGAUCUUUAUCUACGAGUAAAACCUCCAGAAAUAAUGAAUUGAACACACUCCCUCAUUGUAACCUAAAGCUUCUGAAUUGGUCAGGAAAAAGCCUUCUCUUAGAGGGCAUGGUGCCUUCAGGGUCUAGCCUGCCAUGUCUGUGUGUGUUUAACAUUGUUACUGAUGAAGACACUGUCUCCAGAUGAGUGUUGGGUCUGUGGGGGUUCUGAAAGCUGAAGGACAUCAUCCCAUGGGGCUCAGGCUGGGACAAGGAAACAGAUUGUGGGAGAGUGAAACUGCUUCUCCAGUUUGGUUCCUGUAGGAAGUUCACGGGAGCACAAGGUGUGUCUCCUGCUUGGCUGGGAAAUGUUUAGCUUUGAGGCCCUGGCAUCACUUUGUGCUGGUGAGUUUGCUCCAUGGAGAAACUCUUAUCUCUGUAUGAAACCAACCACAGCCUGCCUGCAGGCAGGGCCCAGUGUUAUGUGGACUUCUACUGGGGAUGAUAGGGUUUUCUGAUAGCCUCAUUUCUGGCCAUCUCUCUGCCCCACAGUUACAGUCCUCCUGUGCUGGGUUUUUACACUGAUAUCCCUCUCUCUGACUCCCAUUCAUUAUGGAAGAGACAAGGGCUUUUCUGUAGUUUAUGAUAUUGAAAUGAUAUUGUUUUAUCCAUGGCAUAUGGCUGGGAACAAAGUCACAAAAGAUGACUUGAUACUCUUUAGAAAAAAAAAUUAACGUCCCCUGAACCAAGGAGCUGGGCUCCAUGGGUCUAGCACACAGAGAUGUCCUAUCUGCCUCUGGGAAUGGGGUCUGAUAGCCUUCUGCCCUGCCUCCCAGGCUUGUCCCUUCCCUGGGCUAGGUGUGCUGCCUGUGCAGCUCAGCUCUCCACAGAUCCAGGAUGAGUUAAGUAUUUAGAUAAAUACAACUUCUUUUCCUAUCUUUGCCAGCUCCUGCUGACCCACUUUCCUGCUGAGUGGUGCAUUACUCCAGGUGUGCCUGCACUGACAGUAUGCAGCAGACCCUCCUAUAAGGGGGGCUCUGCUCUAUGCUUUUAGACUGACCUUUAACCCUUUAAACAUCUUGUGGUUGAUAACCCAACCCUUCAAGUUUUCAGUGCUUGCAGAGGAAGGAAUUUCCUCAAAAUUUUGGAGAAAAAUUCACAGUGUUCUCAGCCCCAUGGGCUGUAGCCAAGAUAACAGACUCUAAGGGAAACAGUGCCUAUUCACCUGAGACAUGUGGUCUGCUCACUGGACAAGUCAGCCAAUUUCAAUGAAUUACAGAAGACUGGGAUGGGAGAGACCUGUGGAGGCAAACCACACAGCAGAGAAGUAAUCAAAGUGGAAGUGGUGUUUUGGGAAGAGUGGAUUGAUUGCCUGAGUGUCAAUUAGAGCUGCACACAUUGAAAGUGUGGGAUGAGAAGAAAAUGUUACUGGAAUCCUACUGUAAUAUCUCAAAAAAAUGAACUCAUUUUAAAACUAUGCCACCUAGAUAGGGAAGUAUAAAAGACAGAAGGUUUUUCUUCAUAGAGGAUAUUGCUAAUCUAAUUUAUUUAUACUCUUAUGUUGAUAGGUGCACACAAAGUUUUGCUAUUGUUACAGACAUUAUCUUCUAAAUCAAGACCAUGAAAAUUAGAAGUUUACUUACAAUUUUAUUUCAUAGAGCUUUCUGCAAUAGCUUAAAAAGCUUUCCUCCUGACUUGCCCUUAUGUUUAUUAAUAAAGGCCUUUGAAACAUGUUUUAUUAGACUAAACCACAGCCUGACAUAUGCCUACAGUAUAUAAUAGAUAUGAGUCUAUGUGAUACAUGAACUCUUCUGAAGUAGACAUAAGCAUCAAGGUAUUGACCCUGAUGAGGAAUUCUUUAAUUAUUCAAUUAAAUUUAAUUCAAUUAAAAUAAUUUU